ACAAUCAUCAGAUCAUUUCCCUUUUCGGUCUUGUUUGGUCUGUCAUUUACCAAAAGGUGGAUCUUUCCUGGACUUAUUUUUCUGCCCAAACUUCUUUUCCUGAUUUACCGUGGUCUUGGGAUUCUUAUAGCUUUGAUUGA